CAAUAUCAGGAAAUUCUGAAUCAUUUUCCUUUUUUAUUUUAUUUUGCUCGGUUCAUUCGCCUACAGUGAAGAAAAUCGAAACAGUUCUAUCUCGGACUGACACUGUGUAUUACGUAUUUAGGGACGAUUCGUGGCAAGAGCAUGACAUCAUCGGAAAUUCAUUUAAUUAGUGUUGUGUACUUGCUGUAUUAUUAUCACACCUCAGUUGUUGUGAAGAUCUAAUUUACUUACGCUUCUAUAUAUUAGAGUGAUUGACAUGGCAGGCAAAACCAACGUAGAUGAGGAAAAAGUCUGUCUUUUCACAGACCAGGCAGUAUUUGGAUAUGGCACAAGCAUCCCACCAAACAAUAAUGAAUAUGAGGGGAACGAUGCUUCCAAAAAGGUGAUCUUCUGCGUGCAUGGAAAACUCUCGGGAUGUUGUACAGUCGUCAAAGGAGCAGGCAUAGAUGAAGAAAUAAUGUCAGCAGACUAUCAGCAGAACAUCGGCCAAUUUGAAGAUCACUGUCACAGAGACCGCAAUGAAGCUACUGAUAAGAAAGCUCGGAAAAAGUUGAUCAUUGCUUGCGUAUUGUGUGUAAUAUUCAUGAUAGCAGAAAUUGCCGGUGGUAUAUUAUCAAAUAGUUUGGCAAUAGCAACGGAUGCUGCCCACCUACUCACAGACUUUGCGUCAUUUAUGAUAUCGCUCUUUUCAAUAUGGGUUGCUGGUAGGCCAGCUACUAGGAAAAUGCCGUUUGGAUGGUAUAGAGCAGAAGUAAUAGGUGCACUUACCUCAGUGCUGUUGAUAUGGGUGGUAACAGGAAUUCUCUUUUAUCUAGCAAUUGAGAGAAUCAUUAAUAAAGAUUUUGAACUCGACGCUGAGGUCAUGCUCAUCACUUCUGCAAUUGGUGUUGCUGUUAAUUUAGUAAUGGGAUUAACACUCCAUCAGCAUGGUCACAGUCACGGUGGCGGUCAUGGCCAUAGUCACGGCGACGGAAAGCACCAAAGUGACGACAAGAAUAUAAAUGUCCGAGCAGCUUAUAUUCAUGUCCUAGGUGACUUCAUUCAAAGCACGGGCGUCCUCGUUGCAGCCUUAAUUAUUUAUUUCAAGCCUACUUGGAGUAUUGUAGAUCCAAUUUGUACUUUCUUAUUCGCUAUUCUAGUCUUGUUUACAACAGUGGCCAUUAUUAAGGAUGUGAUGAAUGUUCUCAUGGAAGGAAUACCAAAAGGCUUUGAGUAUUCCGCCGUUGAAAGUACAUUCAUGGGAAUUGAGGGAGUCGUCAAAGUGCAUAAUUUAAGGAUUUGGGCAUUAUCGCUCGAUAAAACGGCACUUUCUGCGCAUCUCGCUAUCAAGGCAGAUGCAAGUCCACAGCAAAUUCUCCGAACUGCAACGAGGAAUAUCCAUGACCACUACAAUUUCUUUGAAAUGACUCUCCAAAUCGAAGAAUUCAAUGAGAAAAUGGAGAACUGUAAACAGUGCAAAGCAUUACAAUAAUUGUGCAUUGGGCAGUUUCCUGUAAUCCUCGCUAGAUUACAUUAUAAAUGGGGUGGCGAGUCGUUAUGGAAUUGUAAAAAAAAAUGUUAUGUAAAAAGUAGAAUUGUUUUUCCUACGAGUCUGAAUCAGUUACAAUUCAAGAUAAAACAGCAAUAACCAAUUCAGAAGAAAAUUCUUAAAUAAAAUGAGGUUGAAGUAUUGAUAUAAUUUCGUGUGGUUUUGAUUAGUUUUGACCACAUAUUUUGCCCUUGUCAGGAAAAGUAUAAAUAAUGCAGUAGUGACAUGAAAAUAAAAACAGGAAAACCACUCACAAAAAACUAAAACAUCGUCACAUAAAAACUAAGAAUGAGAGGAUAAAAAAUUAUCAAUAAUGUUCAGUAAUAAAGUUAGCAAUUACUUUUUAA